AGUAAGGAGAUCAUCUUCCAGCUGCAGGAAGACCUCAUGAAGCUUCUCAACGAGCUUUACACCGUGAUGAAGACGUACCACAUGUACCACGUGGAGACGAUCAGCGCGGAGUCCAAGCUGCGGGAGGCGGAGCGUCAGGAGGGCCGCGUGAAGGGGGCGGGGGGAUCCGGGGGGGCGGAGCCUGUGUUCGGACUCAGGAUCGAGGAGCGCCAUCAGAGACGCAACGCCGCCCGCAAGAUGGAGAAGAUGAGGGAGAAGAGGAAGGCGAAGUACUCUGAGAACAAACUGAAGACUCUGAAGGCGAGGAACGAGUAUCUUCUGACUCUCGAGGCCACCAACGCCUCCGUCUUCAAAUACUACAUCCACGACCUGCCAGACAUCAUCGACUGCUGUGACCUAGGGUACCACUCCAGUCUGAGCCGGGCCCUGAGGACCUACCUGUCUGCAGAGCUGAGCCUGGAGGCCUCGAGGCGGGCGGGCCUGGAGGUUCUGGAGGGGGCGGUGGAGGGUCUGGAUCCAGCCCGGGACCGGCAGCGUCUGCUGGGCCUCUACCCCACCGCCUUCUGCCCCCCCGCACGAUUCAGCUUCCAGUCACACAUGGGAGACGCAGUGACCCAGAUCGCCUCCCAGCCUCAGCUGCAGGCCGAGCUCACGCUGCGUCUCACUCAGCUGCAGACACGCCUCGCCUCCCUGAAGAUCGAGAACGAAGAGGUGAAGAAGACGUGGGGGGCGACCCUCUCCACUCUGCAGGACAUGACGGUUCUCGAGGACUUCGAUGUUUCUCAGAGCUUCACUCACAGCCCGUCCUCCGAGUCCGUGAAGUCCAGCGUGUCGGACGGAUAUCUGAACAAACCGAGCCUCGCCAAGAAGAGAGCCAACCAGCAGGAGACGGAGCUCUUCUACUUCACCAAAUUCCGCGAGUAUCUGGAGGGAAGCAACCUGAUCUCGAAGCUGCAGGCCAAACACGACAUCCUGAAGAAAGCUUUAGCCGAAGGAUAUAAAGCCGAGCUGCUCACCACCAGUCGUGGGCGGAAGAACUCCCAUAGCAAGCAUCAGGAUUCAACUAAAGCCAUACCCUUGCUUGUGGAGAGCUGCAUCCGUUACAUCAACCUGCACGGUCUGCAGCAUCAGGGAAUAUUCCGGGUGUCGGGGUCCCAGGUCGAGGUGAACGACAUCAAGAACUCCUUCGAGAGAGGAAACGACCCUCUGAUCGACGAGGAGAGUAACCACGACAUCAACUCUGUGGCCGGGGUGUUGAAGCUUUACUUCAGAGGUUUAGAGAACCCUCUGUUCCCCAAAGAGAGGUUCAAUGACCUGCUGUCCUGCGUCCGAAUAGAGAACAUGUAUGAGAGGGCUCAGUGUGUCCGUAAGAUCCUGCUGGGCGUCCCGAGGGCCACUCUGAUCGUGAUGAGAUACCUGUUCGCCUUCCUCAACCAUCUGUCCCAGUACAGCGAUGAGAACAUGAUGGAUUCUGGGAACUUGGCCAUCGUGUUCGGGCCGACGCUGCUGCCCACCCCCGACGCCCUGGACCAGGUGGCCUGCCAGGCGCACGUUAAUGAGGUCAUCAAGACGGUCAUCCUCAACCACGACAACAUCUUCCCCGACACCAAGGAGCUGCCGGGGCCCGUCUACGAGAAGUGCAUGACAGGGGACCAGUACUGUGAGAGUCCCUUCAGUGAACCAGGAGCUCUGGAGGAAGCAGAGCCUGAUGGAGGCACCGAGACUCAGACCAGCGACGAGGAGGGUGAAGGCGUGGAGGCGGUGGCGAGGUUCGACUACGUGGGUCGGUCGGUUCGUGAACUCUCCUUUAAAAAGGGGGCGUCGCUGCAGCUGUUCCAGCGCGCGUCACAUGACUGGUGGGAGGGGCGGAGCAACGGCAGCCGAGGCCUCGUGCCGCACCAGUACAUCGUGCUGAAGGACAGGAACGAGGUGAUGUCCGAGUCUCUGAGCCAGAAGGCGGACAGCGACAGCAGCGACGACAAGAGGUCCCGCAGCGAGCUGAGCUCCCCCACCGACCCGCGCCCCCCCGACACCUACAACAG